CAUAUGUGGUUGUCUCAUUGAGACGAGUAAAAGUGAGUAGGCGUGCCCUGAAUAGACAGCGACUCGGAGGUUAGGAAGCUCUUAAGCACUUUUCAGUCCAGUUUCAGUGUCUUGUGCGCCGGAGAAUGGUAUCGAAAAAACCGCGCGUUUUUUAUUCGCUUGGUGUGAGUUUCGUUAUUUUUCUGGUGGUUCUCUUCUCGCUCCACAAAAUCCCUGCCCCGAGGGAGCAGAAUGGUGCCCUGUAUGAUAUUCAACGAUUGCACGAUAAUCGCAGCAACGUAAAUCAAUCAUCUAAAUUUUCGCUUUUUGAAGACAUCAAAAUCAAGACCCCGUCUCAGAUUGAAAAACCUCAAGGACAACCAAAUUCAGCAGACAUCGGACAGACAAGAAACCUCUACGAAUUCGGUUUCGACAUUCCGAACAUCGCACUGUGCCCUGACUUGGGCACAUCCUUGAAAAUUUUAAUUUUAAUCCUAUCAGCGCCGAGUCACAUGGACAAGCGAAUGGCGAUCAGGCAGACCUGGGCCGGCUUUGCCCGACGAAAGGACAUCCAAUUGAGUUUCUUCCUGGGCCGAACCACAUCGGACCUAGUCUCAAAAAUCGAGGAAGAAUCAUCUGUCUUCGGCGACAUUAUUGCAGGAAGAUUCAUCGACACCUAUCGAAACCUCACUCUCAAAACCACCUCGAUUAUGGAAUGGAUCGACCACUACUGCCCCAAAGUGAAGUACAUCUUGAAAACCGACGAUGACAUGUUUAUUAACGUGCCGAAGUUGCUGGGUUUUGUCGCGUCUCAUCAAGAUUCCAAACGGACGUUUUUCGGGAAGCUGGCGAAGAGUUGGGGUGCUCUUAGGGAUUUUAAGAGCAAGUACUACGUCUCGCCAGAACAGUUUGCCCCUUCGCAUUACCCUGAUUUCGUGACGGGGCCAGCAUAUCUUUUCACGAGUGAUAUCGUGCGCGAAUCCUACGUUGAGGCUUUGCGAGCGAAGUUCAUGCCGUUGGAGGAUGUUUUCAUGACGGGGCUGGUCGCUCAGGUCAUCAAAGUGACGCAUGUGCACUGUCCGGAGUUUUAUAAUUGGGAUAAAAAAGUGGGCGCGUGUGAGAUGAAACAUUACAUCAGUGUUGGGGCGUCUGGGACGCAGGGUAUGUUUGAUCUGUACAAGAAGUUACUCGAUAGCCCGUUUACAUGUGGCUGACGUAUUCCGAAAAGAAUAGAUUUUGGGUCAUGAUCUUACAGGAUGGUAUUUGUGAUUGCUCACUGGAAGAGGCCUCCCUCCGCGUAGGUCACUGUUCCAAGGGGUCAAUUUCUGUCGAAAAAACGAAUUUUGAGGUUUCGGCGAGAAACUCGCAGAGAGGCCCACCAAAAACUUAUUUUUUUUAAAAGAGAACUGUUAAGACACUUGCAAUUCAGACACUUAUAUUUCGUACGACAGCAAACUCUUUUCAUUACACGACAUUGCGGAGUAACAAUGCAAGAAUACAAAGAUGAGCUUUUAUACUGGAAAAGUUCUAGGAGCUUUCUAUCACAAUCAGUUGAUUGAUCUCAGUGAUAUAAAGUGAUAAUGCUCUUAACUCAACAAUAACUAUGUUGGAAUUCAAUCUAUUGGGUCAAAAAAUAUCAAGAAGACUUUUGAUCGUUCGUGGGGAAAGGAACAUUAUUCCACCGGAGUCAAACUUCAAAAGAGCGAUACUUGUCAAGUUGAGUCGAAAAAUAUUUUAAAAAUUCGACGGUAAACUAUUUAUUGUGUCCUACGGAGUAAGUUGCAGCAGUUCCGUUCUUUUCUAUGCCGAAAGAGGAGGUUAAGUUGCAUUGUAGUUGGACAUUUUCACAAUUCGUACCCAAAUCUAGCAGAUAAGCAAUUUUUCAAAAAGGUAGAUUUUGGAAACGAGAGUCAUUUUCGGCUUCGGCGGCAGAAACUGAGUGAGAAUAACUCCAAGAGAAACCAAGAAACUCCAAGAAAUAAACCUGAGAAAAAAAAAUUCACCUUCUUUUCCGACGCAAAACAAUCGGAUGACCUUUUACAAACUUGUUUUCGGAAAAACCGCGAUAUUGAGAACAGAGAGGAGACCUUCUUAGGCACCCAAUACACAGUUCUCCGUGUAAUUUUGGCAGCUGAAUCCGAAAGCGGCUUUAGUUUUUCUCAAUCGAGUACAGAUUUCUGGAAAAUAACUUCUCUCUGGAAAAGCUCGAUUUUGAAGGAAAAUUCCGAUUUUUCUUGAGGACGAAAGAAGUAAAUUAUUUGAACUUCUGUUUCAAAUAAACUAUAAAAUAAUUUCGUCCAAUGUUUAUGAUGAAACCCUCUGAAACGAAUGUGAUUAUUGGAAACAAAAUAGUCUUUCAAGAACUUUCAAGUGGUUAUUCAUACAUCUAUCUUAGAAUAUACGGUUUUUAUAAUACAAUUAUGCAAAAUUUCUCGAGACACAAGUUCCUUCCAAAGAAAGUAUUAUGACUUGUAUUAUUCUAAUUUAAUAGUUAUGAGUACAAACAUAAGCAAAUUGUGAUAUUUUAUACCUCAUUAAUUUAAUUUUUGGUUAUUUGUGUAUUACAUCAAUCCUAGUUGAGGAAUUUUUUUUAGUCAGCACAGCUUUGCAAAAUCCUUAAAUUUUGCUUUAUUAUUAUUGCCUUGAACUUAAAAAAUAAUUGUGGCUGUGAACCUCUGGAGCUAUGAAUGGAUUAAUAGAUAAAUUCAUUUAAGAAUGUAAAUAUUUAAGGAAGUGUGUGUUGUGUUCAGGAAAAGCUUCGAUUGAACAAUUGGACGUUGCCAAAUUUUCCUGGAAAACGAAUUGAUUACUUAGGAAAGUCAAACAUAUUUCCUCGAAAAUUUCAGAUACUACUGCUAAUUUUUGUAAAAAAACAAAUUGGAAGAAAAUUAUUAAUGAGUUCCCCAGAAAAUUCGUGCGAACUUUAUCAACAAGAAUUUCAUAACUUCAUAAUGUUCAUAAUAGGUUUUUCUUCAGUACGACUACAGACUGAUUGUUAAUAUUUAUAGACAAAGCGAAAGACAAAGAGGGCGAAAGAAAAAUGGGACGAUCCUGCUGGCAGUAAUGUGUGGUUGCAAUGGACAAAGUACUAUGGACAGAACUAAAUGUCGGCAUCUAUGACAUAGAAUUAACUAUAGACGACCCAUGAGAGACCUUGUAGUUAGUCGAUUAUUUUCUGUCUUUAAUUCAUAACACCCACCCGUUUCAACCGAUAGAAUCGUUUCAUUUUCCCAUUAUCGACUUUAUUUAUCGAUUUUUCUGUCAGUUCUAAUAAGCAACCCUUAGAAUACUUCAACAAUUUUGGGACGGAAGGAAGAGUACAUUGGCCAGGGGAUAACUUCUCUGAAGUGUGUGUGUGUGUGUGUGUUUUUUUUUGUGUGUAUGUGUGUCACACUAGGUGGUUUUAAAAUUUCCUGAUAAUUGUUACGUUCUUUGAAUGACAUAGCACGUAUGUGUAAAGUAGUUUCAUAAACAAUUUAGAAAUUUGAUCUCGUAA